AUGCCUACAGAUACUGUGGCUAUCGGUGGCAAUACCAAAGAGCAACACGACCUCAAUCAGCGGUCGUUUUCAAAAGCUACGAGGAAUAUAGCUCAAUGGGUCGCUGAGGUACACAAACCACCACACCACGGUAGGGUCCAGCCUCUUCGUGACGGAAUCACGAUUAACGACAACAAAACCGUCACCGCUUCAAAAGCUAUCUGCCUCCUAGGUUAUGAAUUUUCAAAGGGUGUCAUAAGCCCGACCCUGAACGCACGGAGUGUAAUCGCCAGUUACCUCCUCCGCAUACUACCUUGGAAAUGCAGCGCGUCGUCGGUAUGUUCGUAUACUAUGCCCAUUGGAUAUCUUCGUUUUCUGACAAAAAAAUAA